AUGGCAGCUUGUCUGCAAAGUUCACACUGGAGGUGCCUCUUGUUUUUGCUCGGCGUGUGUCUCACUUCAGCCGAGCCUUUUAACCAACUGCACCUCUACCAGUACAAAGCCGGACUUACCGAAGACAACAUCAUCAUCGCCAACAACGGAAUCAGGGUUCCGUUAGGGAAAUCCGUCUUUUUGGAUCCCGUGAAUGACUUGGUGACAGAGAUUCAGCCCAGAGAUCGCUGCCACAUAACAGUUUUGGACAAUGACCCGCUGGCUCAGAGACCAGGGAUGCUGACCCCGAAGAAGUUCCCGUGUUUCUUCGCGCCCGACGAAGUGAAAUACACCCAUUUUGGGGCGCGGAGCCCCAGCAAGGACCGGGUGAAGCUGCAGCUGCGCUACGACUCCCAGACAGAAACUGUGGUUAUCCCAUUCAUGCUGGAGGUGGAGGUGGUUUUCCAGCAGCUAGAGGUCCUCACCCGGAAUAUGCCCAUCAACGUGGACAAGCUUAACGGCAACAGUGGCCCCAUCGACAAGAGGGUACUGGAGUUUUCCUAUGAGGACGGUGUCACAAAGUGCAAGAUCGCCACGCUGGUCAGCGCCGGCGGGCUACCCAGGUACGGGACUCUUGUUAAUAACCCCAACAAUGGCCAAAUGGUCGACUGCGAUGAAUUUGUGAAGCAGGGCAUUCGUUACAAGCACAUGGCUAAGACCAAUUCGCCGAACAGAGACUACAUUCCCAUGGUGGUAGAGCUGCAGGACAACGAGGGUAACACGAUAAUGCAAGAGCAUUUCCAAAUGAUGGUUCGGAUCAGGGAGGGUGCGGAAAACGCAGGUCCGAAACCCAGCUUCGUGUCCAUGAUGAUGAUGGAGGUGGAUCAGUUUGUGAUGACCGCCAUCACUGGCGACAUGCUGGCUGCCGAAGAUGUGGAGUCGGACCCGGAUGAGUUGAUCUUUAAUGUCACAUCGCCGCUGGGCCUCGAGCAGGGCUACAUCAUCAGCACAGAUGACCAGAACAUGCCCAUCACCUCCUUUUACCAGCGGGACAUAAAAGAUCUAAAAAUAGCCUACAAGCCGCCUUCGGACGACUCCGAAGUGGAGAGGAUCUUCCAGCUCGAAUUUGAAAUUGUCGACACAGAUGGCGCCGUGUCUGAACCCUUUGCUUUUAUGAUUGUGGUGAAGCCCAUGAACACAAUGGCCCCUGUGGUCACCAAAAACACGGGGCAGCUCUUGUUUGAAGGGCAAUCAAGAGCGCUCUCCAGCUCAAAGAAUUUAGAGAUCAGUGAUGAAGAUAACCUGGAAGAUGUGAGGAUCACCGUAAUUGACGGCCUAAAGCACGGUGAGCUUAGUGUGCUCGGGGGUCGCAGGAAAUUCUUCACGCCGGCUGAUUUGGACACCGGGAUUGUCGUGUACCAGCACGAUGGGAGUGACACCUACAGCGACAACAUUGUUUUCCGCAUGACAGACGGCCAGAAUGAAGUUGAGUUUUUGUUUCCAAUCACGAUUGUCCCCACUGAUGAUGAGCCGCCCAUCAUCAACGCAAACACAGGGCUGGUGCUGUUCAAGAACGAAGUCAUGCAGAUUUCCCCGUUCAUCCUGAGUUCCACGGAUAUCGACUCGGAAGACUCCACCAUUAAGUUCAUCCUGGAGGCCCCUUACUCCGUCGUGGGGGAGUUCCUGCUCCGGCAAGUGGAGCCCCCCUCCGACCCCUCCCUGUGGAAGUUCAGCGAGACGGAUGAGAUGUUUGAGCAGGUGGUGACCGAAUGGUUCCAGCAGGACAUCAUGGAUGGAAUGCUAUUCUAUCGCCAUGUCGGAAGCCACAGCACCACCACCGUCGUCGACCAGUACGUGUUCCGGGUCCAGGACGAUAAUGACCCACCAAAUCAAUCUGGCGACCAGUUGUUCACUGUCAAAAUUCACUCCGUCGAUGACUUGGCACCGGAGCUCUCCCCAGGCACCACCCUUCACAUGACGGUCAAGGAGUAUGAACUGACGUACUUCAAGAAGUUAUUUUUAUGUUAUAGCGAUCUAGACUCCGAUGACCGGGACCUGAAGUAUACCAUCACUAAGCCUCCAACUGACACCGAUGAGAACAACCCAGUGCCCCUGGGCGACAUUGUACUGACUGAUAACCCCGAUGUUGUAAUCACGGAGUUCACGCAGGCACAAGUCAACCACCACAAGGUGGCAUACAAGCCCCCCGACCAGGAGCUUGGCAUCACUCCCAAAGUGGCUCAGUUCACAUUCAUCGUGGAGGACACUUCCGGUAACACAGCAGAUGGACUGUUCACCAUUUUCCUGCAGCCAGUCGACAACAAACCCCCACUUAUUACGAACCCGGGGUUCACUAUAAUGGAAAGAGGCUCGUACGUCAUCACCACGAAAGAUCUCCACGCCACCGACACUGAUACAAAUGACGAAAAUAUCAUUUUCACUGUGAGCCAGGUUCCCAAACAUGGGCGGCUGCAGUAUUUAGGCAUAGACAUGUCGAACGGCGAAACCUUUGUGCUCCAAGAUAUUGCGGACGGCCGUUUAGCUUAUAUCCACAGUGGCGAGGAAUCCCUCAACGACAUCAUCAAGCUGGACGUAAGCGACGGUUUCCAUGAGGUGCCUAUCAACAUCAAGAUCGCCGUGGACCCCGUGGACGACGAGACCCCCACCAUCAUGCUUCCGGCUGGCAUAGUGGGCGUAUCCAUUGACGUGUUGGAGAACGGCGCCACUGAAAUCACCAGCAAUGUGAUUCAGGGUCGCGACGAAGACACGGAUGACCUCAUGUUGAUGUUCAUCGUAGAGGAGCCCCCCAGGCUGGGUGAAAUACUGGUCAACGGCGCCCCUUCUGAGAGGUUCACGCAAGCCGACAUCAUCAACGGAGCGGUGGUGUACGUGCACACCUCUGGAGAAAUUGGACCGGUGAAAGUACACGACUCCUUCAACAUCACACUGUCCGACUUGUCCGAGCAGUGGGUGCUUGGUGGCAACAAGGUCCAAGGUGUGACGGUGCAUGUCACUAUCCUGCCUGUCGACAGCAUCCCACCGAUUGUUAGCGUCGGGGGGCAGUUUGUCGUGCUGGAAGGCGAGAAGAACGUAAUCACCCUGGAUCAAAUCCAAGCGGAGGACAUCGACACAAACAGUGAAGACAUCCUGUGCACCAUCAUCGUCCAGCCCUCGUCCGGCUAUGUGGAGAAUAUCUCCCCGGCUCCCGGGUCAGAGAAAUCCCGGGCAGGUAUGGCCAUCACUGCCUUUAGCAUUAAAGAUAUCGCUGCUGGGCAUAUCUAUUAUGUCCAAAGCAUCCAUAAAGGAGUCGAACCCUUGGAGGAUCGCUUCACCUUCCGCUGCUCAGAUGGCAUCAACUUCUCAGAACGACAUUUCUUCCCGGUCGUCAUUAUUCCAGCCAACGACGAGAAGCCAGAAAUCUUCAUUCGCGAGUUCAUAGUGAUGGAGGGCAUGAGUUUGGUCAUCGACACGCCCAUCCUGAAUGCAGCCGACGCUGACAUCCCCGAUGACGACUUGCACUUCGAGAUCGUCAAAAACCCCAAACACGGCACUAUAGUCGAACAGCUCAACACUGGCUCCACCCUGGUGGACAGGUUCGACUUGGAACAGAUCAAGGAGGCCUCAAACAUAGUGUAUGAGCAUGACGACUCGGAAACCAAAGAGGACAGCUUUGUAAUACGGCUCUCGGAUGGGAAACAUACGGUGGAGAAGAAAGUGCUCAUCAUGGUCAUUCCGGUCGACGACGAGACACCCAGGAUGGCGAUUAACGACGGACUCGAGGUCGAGAUCAGUGAAACUAAAGUCAUCAGCAACCGGAUUCUGAAGGCCACCGAUCUGGACUCUGAAGACAGCACGCUAGUGUACAUCGUGCGCUACGGUCCAGGCCAAGGGUACCUUCAGCGCAUCAGCAAGUUUGGUGACGUCCUCGGUAAUAUCACCUUCGGCAUGAACUUCACACAGAACGAGGUCGACAAGCAGCUCAUCCAAUAUGUGCACACCGGCCAGGAGGGAAUCCGAGACCUGCUCAAGUUUGAUGUCACAGAUGGCAUUAAUGCCCUUAUUGAUCGCUACUUCUACAUCAACAUCGGAAGCAUCGACAUGGUCUUCCCGGAGGUCAUCAACAAAGGCGUGACGCUCAAGGAAGGCGGCAUAGUCACGCUGACCACUGACCUACUCAGCACCACUGACAUCAACAGCCCCGAUGAGUUCCUCAGCUUUAGCAUUACGCGUGCCCCGAGCAGAGGCCACCUGGAGUGCACAGACUACCCUGGCGUGCCCAUUUCCACUUUCACCCAAUUGCAGCUCGCCGGCAACAAGAUCUACUACAUCCACACAUCUGACGAAGAGAUAAAGAUGGACAGCUUUGAGUUUGAGGUGACGGACGGAUACAACCCAGUCUUUCGCACCUUUCGGGUGUCCAUCACUGACGUGGACAACAAGAAGCCCGUCUUGACCAUUAGCAAGCUAGUGGUGGAAGAGAGUGAAACCAAGCUCAUCACACCUUUCGAGCUGACAGUGGAGGAUCGCGACACACCAGACCACCUGCUGCGCUUUGUCGUGACGCAGGUGCCUGUGCAUGGCCAGCUUCUUUUCAACAAUUCCCGGUCCAUCACGGCAUUCACCAAGCAGGACCUGAACGAGAACCUGGUCAGCUACAAGCACGAUGGCACAGAGACCAGUGAGGACAGCUUCUCCUUCACAGUCACCGACGGAACCCACACCGACUUCUAUGUGUUUCCUGACACCAUUUACGAGACGCGCAAACCGCAGAUGAUGACCAUUCACAUUAACACGGUGGACAACGGCGUGCCGCAGAUUGUGGUCAACAAGGCGGCGGCCUCGCUCAGGCUACUCCCCACUGGCCACGUGGGCUUCCUGAUCACCAGCAAGGCCCUACGAUCGGAGGACCGUGACAGUCAGCAGGACGUCCUGAAGUACAUCGUAUUCGAAGCACCACAGCACGGCUUCAUCAUAAACCACGCCAAGGGCAACGACAGCAUCAGGACCUUCACGCAAGCCGACAUUAACGACAUGAAGAUCAGCUACGUCUUGUUGGACGGAAGCAACGCCACCAGCGACAUCUUCUACUUUACCAUUGAGGACAACGGUGGAAAUAAACUCAAGCCUCAGCCAUUCCGGCUCAACUGGGCCUGGAUCUCCCUGGAGACGGAGUACUACCUGGUGGACGAGGAUGCUAAGUUCCUGGAGGUGACACUCAAACGACGAGGAUACUUGGGAGAGACGUCGUUUGUCAGCAUCGCGACCAAGGACGGUACGGCCGAGAAGGACAAGGACUUCCGGGGAAAAUCCCAGAAGCAGGUCCAGUUCAACCCGGGCCAGACCACGGCAUCCUGGACGGUGAAGAUCUUCACCGACCAGGAGUUUGAAACAUCGGAAACUUUCAAGAUCCAGCUCUCUGACCCGGUGAUGGCCGUGCUGGAGUUCCCAGACGUCGCCACCGUAGAGAUCGUGGACCCGGGAGACGAGUCAACCGUGUUCAUCCCACAAGCCGAGUUCCAAAUCGAGGAGGACGUCGGAGAGCUACUGGUGCCGGUCCGACGGUCCGGAGAUGCCAGUCGCGAACUCAUGGUCGUCUGCUCCACGCAGCAAGGUACGGCCACGGGCACCAUCCCUAGCUCCGUGCUGUCUUACUCGGAUUACAUCACGCGGGCCGAGGACCACACAAGUCUGCUGCGUUUCGACAAGGACGAGCGUGAGAAGCUCUGCCGCAUCAUCAUCAUCGACGACUCGCUGUACGAGGACGAGGAGAGCUUCAACGUCACCCUUAGCAUGCCCAUGGGGGGCCGGGUGGGCGCCUCCUUCCCCAACGCCAAGGUCACCAUCCUGGCCGACAGCGACGACGAGCCGUCACUGUACUUCGGGGAGCCCGAGUACAUGGUGGAAGAGAGUUUAGGCUACGUGGAGGUCAAGGUGUGGAGGACGGGCACUGAUCUCUCCAAGAUGGCCACCGUGACCGUUCGCUCCAGGAAGAGUGAGCCCGUCUCGGCUGAAGCCGGACUGGACUACGUGGGCAUCAGCCGAAACCUGGACUUCGCCCCCGGAGUGACCAUGCAAACGUUCAGGGUGACCAUCCUGGACGACUUAGGCCAACCCGAGCUGGAAGGACCGGAGACCUUCGAUCUGGUGCUAAGAAUGCCCAUGAACGCCGUGCUGGGGGAACCCAGCAAGACCACCAUCACCAUCAAUGACACCACCACGGACGUGCCGAAGGUCCAGUUCAAGGAGAGAAGCUACAAGGUGGACGAGGCCGACGGGGAGGUCAAGGCAACUGUGUACCGCAGUGGAGAUACCAGCAUCGGGUCCACAGUUCGUUGCUACACGCGACAGGGCACCGCUCAAGUGAUGAUGGAUUACAGCGAGAGACCCAACACCGACAUGUCCAUCAUCACCUUCCUACCAGGCGAGACGGAAAAGCCCUGCGUGGUCGAGCUGGAGGACGACUCAGUUCAUGAGGACGACGAGGAGUUCCGCCUGGUCUUAGGAACACCCAAGAGCAAGUCGCAGUACGGGGCCUCGGUCGGGGAGCAGAAGGAGGCCUUGAUCAAAAUCACAGAUGGCAAAGACAAGCCCAUCAUUCGCUUUUCGGAGAUCAAGUAUAGCGUACGAGAACCACAGGUGAAAGGUGACAUUGCUCUUGUCAAGAUCCCCAUCCUGCGAGCGGGCGACACCUCCAAGGUGUCAGUGGUGAGGGUGCACACCAAGGAUGGUUCGGCAACGUCCGGGGAGGACUACAACCCCCUGUCGGAAGACGUGGAGUUCAAAGAGGGCGACAAGGAGCAUUUCGUGGAGAUCGAGAUCCUGUAUGACGGCGAGCGGGAGAUGAGGGAGGCCUUCACAGUGCACAUGAAGCCCGAUGACAACAUGGUGGCAGAGAUACAGAUGAACAAAGCCAUUGUGUACAUCGAGGAGAUGGACAGCGUGGCGGACGUCACCUUCCCGGCGGUGCCCAACGUGGUUUCCCUGCUCAUGUACGACGACACAGCCAAAACCAAAGACAGCCCCAACCCGGUCAACGGAUACCCAGUUGUGUGUGUGACGGCCUGCAACCCUAAAUACAACGACUUUGACAAAACCGGUUCCAUCUGCUCGGCCGAGAGCAUCAAUGACACCCUCACCCAGUACCGCUGGCUGGUCAGCGCCCCCACCGGGUCUGACGGCGUGACCAGUCCCAUGAGGGAGGUGGACACCAACACCUUCUUUACCAACACUAAAUCCAUCACCUUGGAUUCCAUCUACUUCCAAGCAGGCUCCAGGGUCCAGUGCGCCACCAGGGCCUUCAAUGCAAACGGCGACGCUGGUCUAGAGCUUUCCAGCCCCAUCGUUGCGAUCAGCAAGGAGGAAGGCAUGUGUCAACCGCGGAUCCAAGGCACCGUUGGAGCCGAGCCUUUCUCCGCAAAGGUCCGCUACACAGGCCCGGAUGACCCGGACUUCCCCAACCUCAUCAAACUUACGAUCAACAUGCCCCAUAUGGAUGGCAUGCUGCCGGUGAUCUCCACGAGACCGCUGUCUAACUUCGAGCUCACCCUGAGCCCUGACGGGACCCGCGUGGGCAACCACCGCUGCUCCAACUUGCUGGAUUUCAACGAGAUCCAGACAGGUCACGGCUUCAUCACUGACACCACCAAGAACCCUGAGAUCAUCGGCGAAACGUCACCCUACCAGUACAGCAACGCCAUGCGCUCAUCCAACUCGCUGCGCUUCUACCGGAAUCUCAACUUGGAGGCCUGUCUCUGGGAGUUCACCAGUUACUACGACAUGUCGGAGUUGUUGAAUGACUGCGGUGGCUCCAUAGGCACCGACGGACAGGUACUCAACUUGGUCCAGUCCUAUGUCACCCUGCGCGUGCCCCUCUUUGUGUCCUAUGUCUUCCACUCCCCCGUGGCCGUGGGCGGCUGGCAGCACUUUGACCUCCAGUCAGAGCUCAAGCUCACCUUCGUGUACGACACGGCCAUUCUCUGGCAGGAGGGCAUUGGGAGUCCGCCCGAGUCAGAGCUGCAAGGGGCCAUGUACCCCACCAGCAUGCGCAUAAAUGAGGAAGGCCGCCUGGUGGUCAACUUCAAGACGGAGGCUCGCUACAGGGGACAGUUUGUUAUGACUCACCCAGCGACAAGCAUGUCUUCCAUGGUGAUAUGUGCCGACCACCCGGGCUUGACGUUCACGUUGACCCUAGUCAGGACCGAGCCCACGCACAACCAACCCAUGCAACAGUGGAGUUUCGUCUCUGACUUUGCCGUGCGGGAUUACUCUGGGACGUACACAGUGAAGCUGGUACCCUGUAUUGCAUCCCCCAACGGAGAGUUUAGCAUCCCUCCUGUAUGCCAUCCGAGGGAGCCUCUGACUUUCGAUAUGGACAUUCGCUUCCAGCAGGUGAGUGACCCAGUAGCGGCCGAGUUCAGCCUCAACACGCAGAUGUUCCUCCUGUCCAAGAAGGAGAUGUGGUUGUCGGAUGGUUCAAUGGGCUUUGGGGAGGGAACCGAUGCCGCCUUUUCAGAAGGCUCAGCAAUCUACGGCCGCGUGAUGGUGGACCCGGUGCAGAACCUGGGCGACUCCUUCUCCUGCAGCAUUGAGAAAGUGUUCCUGUGCACCGGAGCCGAUGGCUACGUUCCAAAAUAUAACCCCACCAAUAAGGAGUACGGCUGCCUUGCCGAUUCCCCUUCUCUGCUCUACCGAUUCAAGAUCCUGGACAAGGCCCAGCCAGAGACUCAGGCGACGGCGUUUGGUGACGUUGCCUUCAAGGCGACAAUGGCUCACGACACUGCUGGAGCUUUGUCUUUAGUCAGACAACCAGGAUCUGAUGGCUUCACCCUCUCCUCGACUCCAUUAUUCCAGGUGGCUGCAGGCCGGGAGUGGUUCAUUCACGCCAUCUACACCGUCCGCUCCAGAGAGAACGCCCACCGCGGCAAACGUAGCGCCGAACACCUCCACCACAGCCUGUCCUCCUCCCUGGAUGCAGCCCUUCACCGUCAGCGCCGUGCCGCCCCCGUCGUCUCGGGACCCGGCAUCGCCCAGGACAUCGCCGCCGACAAUAACCGCGGCACCAACAUCCAGCACAUUGCCCUGGACCGAGCCGACCGCGUGGUGGUCAGCCAGCGCCACCCUUGGUCCGCAGGCUUGGAGCACGACCCUGCGCUCGAGCGCCCCUUAGUGGGGAGCUCCGGCGGGGAGGCCCCCGACAGCUCCACCCUGCCCAUGAUUGUGGGCCUGGCGGGUCUGAUCGUCCUGGCCUGCCUGAUCGCCACCGCCGUGGCGAUGCUGUUGCGGCGCAAAAAGAAAGAAAAGAGCCAGUUUUCCCCCUACACCAGUUCAUCAUCCGCCGCCUACAACCGAGGUUCCACCAGGAUGUGGGGCGGCUCGGAUAGUUCCGAGGUCUAG